AUGGAGUGGGCGGACGGCACAAGUAACGGGCUGGACAACUUAAGGACACUUAGCUCAACCGACCUCGAAUGCUCUUGGAAGAGAAAAGGAGGUGGAACUGGUUACGACAGACAAGUGCCAACUACCGAGUUCUGUCACGUGGAACCAGUACCAGAAGUUUUUUCAGUGUCUGAGGAUGAGAGGCUCGAAUUUACAGCGUCACUGCUGUCUGCAGCUCCAGAUUCAGCUGGUACCAAACACAGUCGGCAAGACAACUGCACACAGCAUCCCAGUGCACAGCACCUUCAGUGUAUUGUGGAGGCAUCAAAGGGAAGCACGUUCAUGGAGAGGCUUGGUGGACUUGAAAACGAGCAGCCAGAUGAGACCUGCCUUGCUUAUUACAGCAGGCACGUUGCUGUGAAUGACCAGAAGAUUUUGCAACUCCUUCAUGAGACAAAGACGGAUAAAAUGCUGUGGCUGAGAGAAAGGAGACACCGAAUAACAGGAACAACGUGCUACCCUCUUUUUACUUAUAAGAAAGGGGACUGGCCAGCCAAGAUCCAAGCAACUCUCUCUUCACCCUUCAGAGGCAGUGCAGAUACCCGUUACGGAUGUCUCAUGGAGGAACAGGCCCGUGCAGCAUAUAUAAAGCAAGAGGAAGUAGAUGUCGUCACAUGUGGUCUGCUGGUGUGCAAAGACAACCCGUGGCUAGCAUGCAGCUCAGAUGGCAUUAUUGUGACCAAUUCAGUGCCAGAAAAGCUUUUAGAAAUAAAAUGUCCGGUUAAGGGGAAAGCGAUGACAGCGGUAGACCUCUUGGAAACAUGUAAAUUCCUGACACGUAAUGGAACAUCUUACGUUCUUAAAAAGCGCCACACGUACUAUGACCAGGUACAGCUUGGAAUGGGAAUAUUAAACUUAAGACACUGUGACCUCGUGGUUUACUCAAGCCAUGUUGACACUUUUGCUAAAAUUGGUGUUCCCUUUGAUGAAGACUACACUUGGAAAAUGCUGACACGACUAAAGUUAGUUUAUUUUAGACAUAUUCUUCCACUGCUACCACUGCAGAGCCGAGCACUAAGAAAGGCUGCCAUGUUCAUUGUGAUAUGUAGAGCUUUCCUUCUCAUAAACCUGUUUGUAGUACACGAAAGAUCCUAG